AUGGUGACGGGCCCGUCCUGCCACGAGGAGCUGCUGACGACGACCUUGGACAGGAAAACAUUGGAAAGGUCCCUGGGCGGCGAGAACGACGCCCCCUUCGACUCCCAGAUCUUCGUGUCCGAGGGGGUCUGCGGCAGCGUGUACGGCACCGAGUUCGACGAGCAGCUGGCGGUGCGCGGCGGCGCCGCGCGCGGCGCGCCGCCGCCGCGCCCUGCGCCGGGGCCUGGCGCCGAGGCCUGCGCCGGCCGCCAAGGGAGCCACGGGCUCCUGUUCGAUACCACCUCCAGCAUCUCGGCCGUCCGAGCAGCCCUCCGCCUCGCUGGACGG